UGGGGAAGGGAGGGAAAGGGCAGGCAGAGACUGUGUGGCAUUCAUUCGGUGACGGCAGGGCUUUGGGCUGUCUUCGCUCCACGACGCAGGCGAGGAGGAAGUUAGCGCACUCGAAACAUCGGAGUCGUCUGCCGUCCUCGCAGCCCGACGUACACUGUGGAUAAGGUCCGUCUGAUCUUGGCGGCGAUGCAGCGCGUUUGGCAGUUGGUGGCGCGGCGCACGCACACGGGCGCGGAGGCGGAGGCGGAGGCGGCGGAGGCGGCGCCGGUGUGCGGCGGCCUGGCUGCGCCCGUCCACGAGAUCCGCGGGGCCCUCCUGGCCUUCUCGCUGCCCUCGUCCCCCGAAGAGGACGAAACCCCCGGCGAGAACGAGUACGAGCGGGUGUCGUUGGUGUCUGGCGCGUGGGAGUCGCGCGCGGCGUCGCCGGCGUCGGCGGCGGGCGGGCGGCGGGCGGGCCAUGAGUGGGGCGGUGGCUGCGCCUGCGUGUCGCAGGCGGCGGGCGCCGUUGGCGGAGGGGCCCGCGCCGACCCGACGCGCCCGCGCGCGCCUUCAAUCAUGUGGGGAGUAGCAAUGACUUUACUAUCCGCCAUGUGUCUUGGAGCUUGGUAUAUGGAGGAAUACGGGAAUCGAAUUUCACAUCCUGUUGAAGGGCUGCGUUUCAGGUUGAUUUUACCAUUACUUCCGGUGUUCGUAAUCGUCCAUCUAGUGGGCCUGACGAGCUCCAUCUCUCUGUACAGAGCGUAUGACCAGAGCACUCUUCCUCCGAUUCGAAUCCGACCUGGAAACGAAGUGCGGCCCCCACAACGCGCGGGCGCACCUCGAAGAGCCAGGCGCCUUUUGAGCGACGUCAGGCCGACAACGCAACACGAUGUGGUUCGAACUCGGGACUCGGACGGAAGUUCCUCCGCUACCACAACGUCCACGGUGCCCAUUGGAUUGCUGGAAUCUGCUCUGAAUGUCUCUGAAUCGGAAGCGGAACUGGAGCAGGAAUCGCAGGGGCAGCCUGGCGCUGGGCCUCAGCAGCCUCUGCAACCUCAUCGCCUCGACGCGGCCUCGGCGGAAGGAGACUCCGGCCGGGAGGCGGACGUGGAGUCCUCGCUUUCCUCCUACAGCAUGUCCUCCGAGCCGACUCCGGCCUCGACCAGCAUAUUGAAGAAAUGGCUGCUGUCGUCCGCUUGCACAUUCGCCACAUACGUGACCGGAAUGGUGCUCUCAUUUAUCUCAAAUGACGUGUACAUCGGGCUGUUUCUUCUUUUUGCGACUGUUUCAGGAGUACUUCCGACAUUGGAUGUUUUAGCAGAGUACUUCAGAAUACCCGAAAGGGGAGAACUUCAAGUAAGAAAUAGUGAGGAGCUGACGUCUAACCUGACCUUCGGCCAAGAGAUGACGACCUUCGCCCAGUCAACUCGAUUCAGUCGAGCGCCCGGAGAAAUCGACGAGAGGUCUCCGUUGCUGCGCAACAACUAGAUCUGCCUGAGAGUAAUUUGAUUGUGCAGGGAAGAAAGUGAAUGGAGGUGGACAUUAACAAUUGGCGACUAUUGUAGUUCUUACAUGUACAGAAUUUUGAAACGCUGCAUAUGAAAUUUACAAGAUAAUAUUUAAGGAAUAGAAAAUAACGUUAAUUUUAAAUUUUAUCAAUUCUAUCAAGGUUUUAGAACUCCACAUUGAAUAUGCCUGACAAUUCGGCUGAAUAGUUUCAAAUUUUGUUGUUAAUGAUGAAUGUUAUAUUUAGGGUAAGAAUUUUAAUUUUAAUGUUAAAUUCGUGAGGUGCUGGAUGUAAAAGAUCUUUAAACCUCAUUUGUACACAAAUACGAACUUUAAUACAUUUUAAACGGUGAAGUUUCCUCAAUGUGUAGACCAGUGGUCUUUAAAGUUGUUGCUUACAGAAAAUAAAUUUUAGGGGCAUGCAUUUCAUGUAAAUUAAUGUAAAAUGAAUAAUGAACUUUGAUCCAAACGCAUGAAUUUUUGACACUUUAUAGUCCAAC